AGCAGCAGGAAGUGUGUGCGCCGCAGACCCGGUGGGAUGCAACAAACCUACAAAUGGUGGAGCAGGAACCCGUCAUCAUGAACCAGGAAAGAACACACGAAGUGCCGUGUAGCCGGGACGCCGGCAAGCCUCCUUUCACCUACACCGAGCUGAUCGAGCAGGCCCUACUGGAGGAGGGUCAGCUCACCGUCUCAGGAAUCUACAGAUGGAUCACGAGUCAUUUCAGUUUCUACAAGUCGUGUGACGACCGAUGGAAGAACAGCGUGCGUCACAACCUCUCCAUGAACCCGUACUUCCGCAAGGGCUGCAAGGCCGGCAGCGGCGCCGGCCACCUGUGGACGCUCGCCGACGUCGACGGUCGUCGAGUGCGACGCAAUCAGACCGCCGCCAGGAUGGGGAGGCCGUCGGGACCGACACAGUGUGCCAACGGCGGUGGAGACAGGGAGAGCGGCGUGGCCGCAGACGCGACGGUACUGGAGCUGAAGCUGUGCGAGGACACACCGUCUCCGUCCCAGGAAAUCUGGCUGAGUUCCUCUCCACCGGAGGACGAGCAGAGACCGGACAGUCCUCCGGUGGCAGCCGACCCCGGCUUCGUCAUCCAGUACUGCACCUUCACACCCGAGGUGGCUGCCACGGUGGAGCUACCGCUGGAAGAAUCCGUCGGCUGUGAGCUGAACAAUAACACAGACAUCAGCUGCGGAGACGGGCCGAGAGAGACCCAGCUCUUCGCCCCACAGUUCAGGAACAGUCUCCUGCCCACGAAUAAUGUGUUCGGGGAGGCACCAAUCACCAGUUACUUGCGUGAUUACCACGACUCAAUCACCAUACCGGACAACCGCGCGUAG